UCGGAGCCAUGGAUUCGACGUUGAAAAAUUGCAUCAAUGGAUUGCUCACGGACAAUAGAACAUCGCUGAAUGGGUUCAAGCGCAAUGGGGAGCACCUCAAAGAAGUGAACCUGGGGUCGGGGGUGGAGAGGCCGAAAGUGAAACGUUUGCGCUUAACAAAAGAGAAGAGCGAGAGCAAUGAGAAGGAGCACUCUGAGCAAUCCUCCCAAUCGGACCGAAAGAAAGAGAUUGGGAGAAUCCCAAGGCCACCAUCCCAGCAACUUCUCAAGGACAAUUUCUACCAGGAUCGGCUUGGUACUGAGAAGCGAAAGGCUUCAGCCACAGGCACAUCUCAGAAGAGCAAAGAUGUGGAGGAGGAACCUCCACAACCACAGUAUUCCGUGUUCUCGCGUGACGAAGUGAGUCCCGGAAGAGUUGGACGUGGAUUGCAAAAUCUCGGCAACACGUGUUUUUUCAACAGCGUGCUGCAAGUCCUAGUGUACACUGGACCGUUGCAGAGGUUUCUGCUUUCCAAGCAGCACACGGCAGAAUGCAAACGCAAGCGAGGGAGCACUGUUUGUACUCUCUGCUUGCUGCAGGCGCAUGCUCUUAAAGUGUUUAACAGCAGCAAGGCACCAAUGAAGCCAGCGAAGCGCCUAUUGGAACACAUCCCGCAGAUUGCCAGCAGCUACAAAGCCGGGCGUCAAGAGGAUGCCCAUGAGUGCUUGAUCCAUUUUCUGGAUUCGUGCCACAAAUCUCUGCUGAAACCAGCAGCGCAGCAACCAGUUCCAAUGCCAGUGCAACAGACCACUUCCAUAUGCCAGCUUUUCGGUGGAUCUUUGCGAUCUCAGGUGUUGUGCCUGAAGUGCAAACAUCCGUCGAACACUUUCGAUCCUUUCAUGGACAUCAGCCUCGAGGUAAAAAAUGCUUCAACCCUGGAAAAGGCCCUGGAUGCUUUCACGAAGAGUGAACAGCUCAGUGGUGCCAACAAAUACCAGUGCAAGAAAUGUCAACAGAAGGUUGAUGCCACCAAGAUGUUUUCAAUUCACACAGCACCACCAGUGCUGAGCUUUCAACUCAAGCGCUUUGACUUUCUCCACGGUUGUAGUGGUAAGCUGAACAAGAAGGUGCAGUUUCCAGUGUCGUUGAACAUAGCCCCGUACACCAGCCAUAAAGAUAGAGAGGCAAAGUACAACCUGUACGGUCUAGUGGUGCACUGUGGGUCAUCCGCCAAAAGCGGGCACUACAUAACAUACGCCAAGCACAAUGGCGUUUGGCACUGCUUCAAUGACCAGGACGUGAGACAAGUCACGGAGCAACAAGUUCUACAAGCGGAGGCUGGAAGAUAUCGGCUUUUGUCAGGUUGGUGCCAGUUGAUGUUCUCGCCAGUUGCUUGUGAUGCUACACACGCGUCACCUGAGCUACCUGUAAGCUAAGCAGGUUCGUGGCCGUGUUUGGCCUACAGGGUAUACGCCUGUACCCCCUGCUAGGGAAAA